AUGGACCUUGUUGCAGCCGUUACUCUUUCCGUCGCUAACCGCCACGACCAUCAUCAUCGAUUGAAAUUAAGGAGGAGGAAGACGGGGGUGGUGGCUGCGGAGGUGAGGUGGAUGCGACAACAAAAGGUUGCGGCGGCAAGGGCUAUAGCGGUGAAGAUGGAGGUCAUGGUCUUGCAUGCUUGCUACACAAAGGUAUCCCCGUCAGUUGAGGUGGAGAACCCUCAGCUUGUUGCAUGGUCAAAAUCAGUUGCUGAGUUGCUUGAUUUGGAUCCUAAAGAAUUUGAAAGACCUGAUUUCCCACUUCUUUUCUCUGGUGCGUCCCCUUUGGUGGGAGCAGUGCCCUAUGCUCAGUGCUAUGGAGGUCAUCAGUUUGGCACGUGGGCUGGUCAGUUGGGUGAUGGUCGGGCAAUUACUCUUGGAGAGGUUUUGAAUUCGAAAUCUGAAAGGUGGGAGCUGCAGCUUAAGGGUGCAGGGAAGACACCGUAUAGCCGGUUUGCUGAUGGUCUUGCAGUUCUGCGAAGUAGCAUACGGGAGUUUCUAUGUAGUGAAGCAAUGCAGAGUCUAGGCAUCCCAACAACACGGGCACUUUGUCUUGUGGCUACUGGAAAAUAUGUUACUCGGGACAUGUUCUAUGAUGGCAAUCCAAAGGAUGAACCUGGUGCAAUAGUUUGCAGAGUUGCCCAGUCCUUUCUGCGUUUUGGUUCAUACCAGAUUCAUGCCUCUAAACAAGAGGACCUUGACAUUGUUCGUACUUUGGCAGACUACACUAUUAGGCAUCACUUCCCUCAAAUUGAGAACAUGAGUAAAAGCGAGAGUUUGUCUUUUAACACGGGCAUGGAAGACGAUUCAGUUGUGGAUCUGACUUCAAACAAGUAUGCAGCUUGGGCAGUGGAAGUUGCUGAACGUACUGCUUCCUUGGUGGCAAGCUGGCAGGGUGUUGGUUUCACUCAUGGCGUUCUGAACACUGACAACAUGAGUGUGUUAGGACUUACUAUUGAUUAUGGUCCUUUUGGUUUUUUGGAUGCUUUUGAUCCCAGUUACACUCCAAAUACUACAGAUCUUCCAGGGAGAAGGUACUGUUUUGCAAAUCAGCCUGAUAUUGGUUUAUGGAAUAUUGCGCAGUUCGCAUCAACCCUUUCAGCUGCUCAGUUAGUAAAUGAUAAGGAGACAAAUUAUGUCAUGGAACGAUAUGGAACCAAGUUUAUGGAUGAGUAUCAAGCAAUAAUGACCAAAAAACUUGGCCUCCCAAAGUACAAUAAACAGUUGAUUAGUAAACUUCUUAACAACAUGGCUGUAGACAAAGUAGAUUACACAAAUUUCUUUCGGCUUCUUUCCAAUAUUAAAGCUGACCCCAGCAUUCCAGAAAAGGAAUUGUUAAUUCCACUGAAAGCUGUUCUAUUGGAUAUUGGAAAGGAGCGCAAGGAGGCAUGGAACAGCUGGGUACAAUCCUACAUAGAGGAGCUCUCUGGUAGUGAUAUUUCAGAUGGGCAGAGAAAGGCCUCAAUGGAUUCUGUGAAUCCGAAGUACAUUCUUAGGAAUUAUUUAUGCCAAAGUGCAAUAGACACAGCUGAACAAGGUGAUUUUGGAGAGGUUCACAGGCUGCUGAAGGUGAUGGAACGGCCAUAUGAUGAGCAACCAGGAAUGGAAAAAUAUGCUCGCUUGCCCCCAGCUUGGGCUUAUCGUCCCGGUGUGGGCAUGCUCUCUUGUUCUUCAUGAUGAUUUGCUCAGUUGUUUACUAAAUAGGCAAACAAAUACCAGGAGAGAAUGUAUUUGUUGUAUAUAAUAGAGAAUUUAGUGUUUGCCCUUUUAAUAAAGUGCACUGUUUAUUUUUAUUUUUAUUUUUAUUUUUUUGCUAUUUCUUUUCCCUUUAUGGCAUAAUUAAAAUGAUAUAUUCAUACAGAUAAGUUUAAUUUUUAUUUAUUUGUGGUUGUCUCAGGACAAAAUCUGCUCGUUAUU